CUUAACCAUGUGACUGAAGGUCAAUAGUUAUUUUAUUUGCACAUUUAGCGGCUGUACAAAGUCAUAGAUAGUUGUAAUGUCCAAAGAAAUGCACCGGAUACCUCUUAUAUUAACUAACUAAACAACAUUGAAUCAAUUCACUUACGGAAUUAUUUUGUCGCCUUAUUUACUAUGUUGCAUUCUCCACUGACAAACCCGUUCCCAAUUCCCUGUUCGUCAAGUGUCGUUUCGGAACCAAGUAAAUCUUAUCAAGCUGAUCUCAAUGUCCUACAAUCUGCUGUACCAUUCCUUACGAAACCAUUGUUAGCUAUCGCAGGCUUUGCGAAUCCUAAUAAUCUUUCUCAGUCUACACCAGUCACCUUUUCUAUCCAGACUACACAGGGAUUUCAGAAUCAUCAAAAUACACUAAAUUUCGGCAAUGUAAAUAAUUCCAGUUUAUCAGGAUCCUCUUCACUAUCAUCAUCUCUCGUCUCUCUACAUUCUACAUCCAAUGGUUUUUCAACUACUCAACAUACCUCAGCAUCUCCUGUACCAGUUCAUUCAAACCAUAUUUCAUCAGGUAGCAGAGAUUCUCGUUGGCUUAAGCUACGCGUGUGUACAUCAGUUUUGGGAACAUCGAAUUCUUCACAAACUAAUUCUAACCAAUCUGACAAUGAGUCAAAGACUGGUGAAACUAAAUGCUCCAUAAAAUCAGAAGAUUCUAAUACAAGUGAUGCUAGUUCUUCAAAUUUAACACAACAUGAGGAUGAAAAAAGUUUUCAUUGCACAAUUUCGGGAGAUACAUGUCAGUAUGCCCAUCCACCGGCAACUGUUCGCGUGGAUAAUGGUUAUGUGACAGUAUGUUAUGAUUUUAUCAAACGGAAGCUCUGCAAAUUUUCCUACUGUAAAUACUAUCACCCACCUCCGCAUCAAACUGAAGCAAUUAUAAAACGUGGUGAUGAACAAAGAAAACUGUUGGAAAGUCAACAACGCUUAUCUGAAUUAAAGACAUCCAAUCUCAUUUCAAUGCAACAACCCUUGCAACAGACACUCCCCACCACCGGUUUGCCAGCUCUUAGUUCGGUAGCAGGAGGUGGAGGGGGAGGAGGAGGAGGCUGUCCUUCAACGCUGAGAUGGCCGCCUUCAACAACACUGUUACAGCCUACUGCUGUAGGUGGUGGACCAGUUUAUGGGACGUAUUUAACACCUCUAAAUUCUCUAACAGAUCCAAAUUCAUUUAGUGCAUCAGCUAUAUUGGCAGCAGCCGCUGCUCUACAGCAUACUAAUCUUCCAGGUCAUGGUCUUCUGUCGACUUCUUCUCCGUUGACUGGCGGUUCAACAUAUUCCCAUGAAUCAUCUAUGCUUUCUAAAUCGUGUAAAAAUGGUGAUACAUCUACAGUUUUCACAUCAGAGCCAAGUGUGCUAAGCUUUAAUGGUUGCAAUGCUGCUAUUACACGAUUGGUGAAUUGUCUAUCAAAUCCACAAUCAUCUACUGAACUGUGUCAAUCUACUCAACAACAAUCACAACAACAACAGCUACAUACUGCGGCUAAUCUACCAACGAAUUGGCCGUUAGCUGCAUCUACCUCUGUUACAUCUAUUGAUAAUAAUAAUAGUAAUAAUAAUAACAACAAUCUAUCAAGUAUUACAAUCAGAAGUGAAGCUGCAAAUGGUCUUCCCAGCAAUACUGACACAUCGAUUGUUCGUGUGGGCAUGAAACGUGAGGCUAAUAUUGCUACUGGAACUUUUGAAAAUAGCAUGGAUAUGCAUGCAUGGUUACCAACAAAGAGAGCAAAUUUAUCUACCUCAUCUUCAGCUGAUGGAAUAACUCAGAAUAAAGAGUUAACUGCUUUAUGUAACGGUGAAGAGAAACUUGAUAAUACUUCUCAAAAUCGUGAUUCAAAAAGUCAUUCUUCUGAGUGUGGAGCUACAUUUCCUACUAUUUUCUCUUGUGGAUCUAUUAAUCCUGGAUUUACUUCAAUAAAUUCAUGUACAGACAUUGGUGCACCUCAUGUUACCGCUGAAGUGACAAAUAUCCUAAAUCCUUUGAAUAUGAGUAUUUAUGGUCUACCAUUAUCCUCACAGCCUACUGCUUCCAUGUACACACCAUCACAGUUUCUAUAUCCACCUUUAUACUCUAUGAAUGGUGGUUGUGAUGCAACCAUACCGAUAGCUUCAGCUGCUGCAGCCUUAGCGCUCAAUAACUUCCUAGUACAACAACAACAACAGCAGCAGCAGCAACAACAACAACAAGUUCAAUCCCAUCAGUUGUUACGUAGUCAGUUGCCACCAACAGUGACAAAUCACCAAAUAUCUGCACCUGGUCUAUAUUCCUCUUAUGUACCGUCAACUUUAGCCACUGCUGCAGCUUUAGCUGCAACUCAACAGCAUCCUUCUGCUCCUGAUCUACACACUAAUACGUCAAAUAUUGUUUUUCAACAACAACAGCAGCAGCAGCAACAACAACAACAAGCUCUCCUGAUAUCACUCCUUCUCAGAAGUCAACAAGCUCAAUUGGCUGCAGCACAAGUUGCAGCAGCUGGUUACUUAUCGCAAAAUGAUGCAUCAAGACUGCCUCCAAUCCCUACUCUUCAGAAUCCUGGUUGUGUACUAGACUCAUCAUGUCCAUUAGGAAGUUUAACAUCUGGACCAUAUGGCAUUAAUAAUUUUUGCUCACAAAAUCCAAUGACAAAUGUGGCUUAUAUCAAUGAAAAAGGCCAUCUCCUGGAAACCUUACCGAUAUGUCGUGAUUUUAAAGCUGGUAAAUGUCGUCGUAAUUCAGAGUGUCGUUAUGUUCAUCUUGUUGACGAAAAUGUUGAAGUCAAUCAAGGACGUGUAAUUGUAUGUCGUGAUGCAGCUAAAGGCAGAUGUACACGUGUACCGUGCAAAUAUUAUCAUAUUCCAUUGUUUGCUAUAUCAGCUAAUCGAAGUAUGGCACUUAAUUCUGCUUUAGCCAAUGCAACAGGCUUUUCUACUGUAUGAACUCUCUGCAGGGAGAAGGGAUAUAAUAAUGAGGAAUAUGAGGUGUAUAUCCAUACGAUUUACUUUUUUUCCCUAUCAAAUCUCACAUUACAACAUUUAGGUGUUUUAAAGAUAUAUAUACAUAUUGAUUUCUGUUUAGAAAAAAAACCCAGUUGAAGUCAUCUGUACAACCGAGUUCUGAUGGCGAAACUCGAUAUAUUCGGAACAGAUAUUUUCUACCACUAUUCUUAUUCUUAUUUUUGACUCUCUUGUAAUCAUUUUUGUGUAUUUUUACUGAAACCACCCCCUCACAUACAAACACACACCUAUUUUUCAUUUCUUUAAAUGAUAGUGUUUUCUACUCUACUCGCCUUAAGAGAACUAUACUUCGACUACUCAAACAUUGAACAAGUGUCGACUUUGCUCCUUUCUUUUCUCUUGAUCAAUACUUACUAAUUAAUUAUCUUUUUUUUCUAUUACAAAUUAAAAGAACAAUUUCGAUGAAACAAUCAAUUAGUUAGUUAUCCAGAAGUUCAUAAGUAGAAUAAAUGAACGAAUUCCAUUAAAUAAAUUCAUCUAUCCUGAUCCCUGAUCAGUCUCAUAAUUAUUGAUUACUUUUUUCUCUCUCUCUGUCGAUUCCGUGAUCCCCUCCAUCUGUUGUAACUGCUGACUGACUAACGCGUCUUCUACAGCAUCAUAGUUCAACACUGAAAUCACGUUGUUGCUGCUGCCACGUGAAGAGAAGAACUCAAUCAACAAGUCGUUACACACACACACACGGUGUGUAUUGUCAGUGGUUCAUUCAUACAUAAUCCAAGGUGACAGUCGAUGAAUGAGAUGUUGUUGUUGAUUUUCUUUUCUGUGUGUGAGUAGUGUUUACGAUCACACCUACAUAAUUUUUCUGUUUUCUCAGACAACAGCACAGCCUAGCACAUUUUUUAAAAAAAAGUCGUAGGUGUUAAGUAUCAUCACAACAAUCAAUUUGGACUGUAUCUUUCUUUAUUUUCUUUUUUUUAAAUUUUAUUACUUUUGUUAAUAACGACGAUUACGCCUUACUUUGUUAUUCUACUGUAUUGUAUUGACGAGACAAUUGAGACAUUUAUAUUACCAU